GGAGGAGGAGGAGGAAGAAGAAGGGUUUUGGGACACAACCAGCAUGGGUGCUCGACUCGCGCGGAUGUUCCGAAACUAUAAUGUGGAGAACCGCGCGCUGCGAGAAAUCUCCAAAGAGAAGCCGAGGUCAGCACCCCGGCACGCGACCACAGCGACGCCGUCCGCCGUUAGCUCCGAGGCCUCGGAGUCGGUGAUGAAGAAGAAUGAGUCGUUAUUGGAACAUCUCAGGUCUGUGUAUGUCGAGUCCACGGAUCCAACAGUCGGCGGAAAAACAACUCCAGAGUUUUCGGGGAAUGCGUCUGCAGGUAAAGAAGCAGACCGGAGGCCCCUCAGAGUCCGUUUACCAGGAAGCGCGUUCAGCCUGCCAGAGCUCGCAGAUGUUCCUAAAGGGAAGCUAACCCUUGCCGAGGCUCUCAAGGCUCUCGGCAGCCACCAGCACCAGCCUCGGACCUGGUCGGCGGAAAAGAUUGCUCAGGAAUAUUGCUUGGAAUUAAAAGACACAAAAUCUGUGCUUGAAUUCUUUAUCCCUUUCAAGGUUGAGAUCAUCCCUCCAAGGAGUAGAACUUCCAAGCAAAUAAAGGCUUCCUAAGAAUGGAGAAGCUUUUACCUCACUUAUUUAUGUUCUGUAAUGUUAUAGUGGGAAAGGAUGUAGCUUUUCCAUGAUUUAAGUGAUGUUUAGAACAUUUUUCUUAUGAAUAGAUGAAAAAAACAGAUAUUAAUCACAGUGAUCUGAUCAAGAAAAGUCCAUGAAGACAUUCUCUUCUGUUGAUUGUUCAAAACAAAGUGUUUUUUGGUUGUUGUUUUUACAGUGCAGACCUGCAGAUUUUUAUUUCUAUUUACAAAUCAUAAAUGACAAAGUACCUUGCACUCUUUGUGCAUUCAUUUUUAAAUUUAACUCAAAAGAAGUAGAAUUAGAUGGAUUUAUUAUUUGCCAAAUGAUAAAUGUUAU